AUGGAUCACGAGGGGCUUCUGUUGGCGCUGGCCCGAGCUCAUAAAGGCAUUGCGCCUUUGCUUGAAACGUUCUUUUCUUUCCUCGCAUCACGCACUGAUUUCUUCCACAUCAUAGAGGAAGGUGGGCCAUCAAUGGGCUUUACUUCUGGUUCUGCUGAGGCGAUGAUCGCUGAGGCUUUUGGUCAGGCACAGCUCCUGUACAGGUCCACAAAGCAGUCGCAUCUGCUGCCUCCUAGCUUGAGGAACAGAAGCGUGCAAGAGCUUCAAAAAUUAACAAGAAAUCUAAAUGAAAAAAUGCAGCCAGCACGGAUGCAAUACGCAAGCCCUGUGUGCAGGUUGGCUGUAUUGGCCUCUCCCCCUGACCUCUCGUCGAUGGAGGGAAUUCCAUCACAAGCAACACGUCCCGCGCCAGCAUCACCACAAUCAGCUCUCAGGGCUCCCAAAACAGCACAGUCACCAAAUUGUGCUGUAGGCGCGGAUUCUGUAUCAUCAGCAGGAGCCCAUGAAGGUGACAAAGGGAUAGAGGCAGGAAAAGGGGCGUCCCCGUGCACAGUUCCAACAGAUCCAAAUGCUUCCUUAAUUCCACAGGCACAUGCUGCCGACGGCCACCAAGCCUUUAAACCUCAUGCCAAGGACUCCAGCACCAGCAGCACCAGCAACAGCAGAGGGCCUCCUAGUGAACGGGGAAAGAGUUCUUUUAUAAAUCCCUGGAAUGGUGCCAUUCUUGACCGAUACAUUUGGUCUCAGAGUAUCAAUGAGGCCACCUGCCAACUUCGCAUUCUAGAAUUGCUGCAGCGUCAGCAGCAAGAGCAGCAGAGCGAGGAAGAGCAGCAACAGCAGCAGAAGCGGGUUACCGAGGUUAAUACUAAGCUGCUGUCUGUCGUGCUGCGCGAUGAUUCUAUUAGAGUGACUUAUCAGGGUCAAGUGUUGUUCGAGGGAAAAUGGUGCCACCCAAUACGGUCUUCCGAGAGCUUUUGGGUAUUGGAACAAAAAACCUUUCUGCUUCUGACUCUUGAGAAGAAGAGCGAGCUCUGGUGGGACUGUUUGGUUCAAGGAGACCCUACCAUCGAUACACAAAAGAUCGAGUCCGUGAAGAGGGUUGAAGAUUUUGAUGAGGCUACCCAGGGCCAUAUCCGGAAGCUUGUGUUUGAGCAGAGACUCAAGAUGCAGGGUCUUAAAACUCCAGAGGAGAUUCACCAAGAAAAUAUAUUGAGAGAGGCGUGGGAUAUGGAGGGCUCGCCAUUCAAGGGGCAGCCCUUUGAUCCCAAUGUCUUGCGGCCUCAGGCCGCAGGUGGAACCCUUCCCGGGCUCCUCCCAGAGGGUCCUGCGUGA